AUGCAAAUCUUUGUAAAUACUUUGACUGGUAAAACCAUCACUUUCAAAGUUGUUCCAACUGACACUGUUGAAUAUAUAAAACGAAAGAUUCAAAAUAAGAAAAGAAUUCCUUUGAACCAGCAACGUCUAAUAUUCUCUGGCAAACAACUUGAAGAUAGUCGCGCGCUUUCUGAUUAUAAUAUUCAAAAGGAGUCAACUCUUCAUCUCUCAUUACGUCUCUUAGGCGGUAUGCGAGUACUAGCCAAUACUCCACUUACGAGUCGCAGCGCGAGUAGUCUUGAUGAGGUGACUCUAAAAUUAGAAAAGAGACUGAUAUCUGAAAAUGCUAGAUCAACAGAUGAAAUAUGCUUGUCUAUCGGACGGAAGCUUGAUAACGAUCAUAGCUAUCGUGAUGGUGUCUUGGAGUUAGCUGAUAAUUUAGAUCGCGUAUCGAUCGGUAGCUUAAUGGAACAUAAUAUAAUCAAUAAGUUAUUGGAUUCAUUUUCUGACAAUGACAAGAUAUCAACGUUCUAUGACGAAAUAAUUAAGCCUUUCGUUGAAAAUGAUGUCGAUUGGGAUAAGUCCUCAUUUGGAAAAUUGAUCCAGCAACUAUUAAGAGAAUUAGAUGACGCUCUUAAAUAUUAUCGUUAUCACACGCUUAAUCCGGAUCAACUAUUCAGUGUGCUUUCUAGCCGUUUCAAUAUAAAAUUUGUUGCAAUGGACAAUCCCAGUCAAACAAUAAGAAGUAAUGUUGGACCAUGUGAGCGAUUUAGAGAUAUCUCACGUAAGUUAACUCGACAGAUCAAUAGAACCACAAUGUCUCGAGAUCAUCUGAGUGCUCGUCGGCGUCACAUUCCCACGGAAUCUCUAGAGCCAGAAACUUCUCGCCGUCAUAUUGUACCUUCAGCAAUACAACAAAGUUUCUCUACUUUGGAAGAGCUUUUUGCUGAUGAGCCUGUGACUUUUACAAAUGAGCCAAGUAAUAAGAAGCGCAGAGUACAUCAGAGUUCUUCUACAAGUUCUGAUACUCAAGAGAUUGAGGGUAGCACAUCACGAAAUGAGAGGGGAGAAUCUUCUGGAACAUCUCGUCGUCAUGGGAUACCUUUGGUUCAACAUAGUUUUUUGGAAGAAUUGUUUGAAGAUGAACCAGAUUUAUUCGGAGAUAUACCAGAAUACAUGAUGGGGCGCAGGUCUCAACAAGUUGGCGAGGGAUCAGCUAAUCAAGGAGAAGCAAGUACAUCAACACGAAAUACAAGAGAAGAUGCGGUAACCAGUGAUAAAAAUGGGACUGAUGGUGAGGGUGAAUCAGAAG